UACAAAAUAUUAUUUUUUUUAUUUUUUUAUUUUUUUAUUUUUGUGUCUGUCAUCAUCUUUUUAAGCCGGAUUUACACGAUGAUAGUAAAACGCGAUAGUUGCUAUCGUGAUAGCUUCUCUCGUGAGAGUGUCAUCGUGUAAACGUAACUAUCGUAACUAUCGAACUAUUGCGAUAGUGCUAUCACACUAUCAAGCAUGCAUGAUAGUUGGGAGCUCUAUCGUGAUAGUCCUAUCGUUCUAUCAUCGUGUAAACUAUCAUUGCGCCAUACUAUCGUGAUAGGUGAUAGCCCAUCAGCCCAUGUGUUCGAUUGUAUUUUCAAAAUAUUAUUGCCGUUUUGCAAGUGUAUAUUAUGUAUUUUGAGUUAACAUCAAAUUUAAGUUAUAAAUUAUUACCGGUUAAAAUUAAGUGAUGGCAGAAAAAUUUAAUACUAUGCACUUUCUAGAAGAAUACCAGAGGUAUCCAUGCCUUUGGGAUAAAAGUAUUGAAGAAUACAAAAGUAGAGGAAAAAGAGAUUUUGCAGAAGAAUGUCUCAUGGAAUCGCUUCAAAUUAAUGAUGUGAAGUUACUAAGACAAAAGAUCAGAAGUAUUAGGUAAUUUGUGUACUAGUACUAAUUGAAUGA